AUGGGUUCGACACAGUUUGGAAAUUUCAACGACUUUUGUCGAGAUUCCACACUGCCCGUCUGCAAUCUCUUUGUCUCCAACAAUCAACCCCCUAAUGAAGCAUACGGAGGAUGCCCGCUUCACGGCAUCGUGCUCAGCGAUAAUCGCUACCUCAGCAAUCUGGGCUCGAUCCUUCUCGCGUUCAUUUCCAUCCUAGUAUCGCUGUUCCUGCUGUUCAGGUCGGAUCGCAAACGGGCGGCAGUCGGAAGGAGUAGGGAAAUGCAAAUAUUUUUGCUGGCAUUUAUCGUUGUCGAAAUCUGUGAGAUCUUCUCUGUGGGCGGCUUCCCUCUGGAUGCAGCAGUGCGCAAGGGCUUCUCGGCUGCACAUGUCGCUGCAAUCACCGCAACGUGCUGGAUUCUCUUUCUGAAUGCCGUGGUAGGCUAUCAAUUCCUCGACGACGGUACCCCGGCCUCAAUCGGUCUAAUCCUUGCCUCCGCCCUGGUUCUCUUCAUCGGUACGGGCUAUAUUGCCCUGGACACGGCUUUUGACUGGACGGGUGAAUUCGCGACAACCGAGGCAAACAAUUAUCGCAACAUUGCUCUCUAUGUGCUGUACCAACUCUUUCCUCUCAUCUGCCUCGUCGCGUUUUACGUGUUGGAAGCUAUCCUGGUUAUUCGGAUCUUGGGCGAAGUUCGACCAAUGAUCUACUUGACUGCUGCCGCCUUGUUGUUCGCCAUCGGACAAAUCUUCGAAUACGUGAUCAGCGUUCACCUCUGCCACGCCUCCGGCAGCAAGAUUAACGGCGCAUUGUUUGAGACACUUUUCACUCUUUUGGCAGUUGGUACA